GUCUGGGCCAAUUACGAAGAGAAACCAAAAGAGGAGGUGGCUCAACUUGUGGAGGAGAAAGAGCGCAUAGCGAAGUACAGACCCGUCUACGUCACCGAGAUCACAGACGGCCUUCACUUCUAUGCACAGGAUGUGGAAACCGGUACUCAGCUGGAGACCCUAAUGGAGAGCAUGCGAGCAGAGAUCGCCGCUCAACCUCCGGUGGAAGGAUCCUUCAGCCCACGUAGAGGAGAUAUCUGCAUCGCAAAGUUUGCUGAUGGGGAAUGGUACAGAGCUCGUGUUGAGAAGGUUGAAUCCCCAGCAAAGGUUCACGUGUUCUACAUCGACUAUGGAAACAGAGAGAUAUUAUCGUCCACACGUCUUGCAGCCCUUCCUCCAGCCUUCAGCACACGUACGCUUCCUCCACAGGCUUCAGAAUACACAUUCGCCUUCAUUCAGGUCCCACAGGAUGAAGACGCACGAGCCGAUGCAGUGGACAGUGUGGUGAGGGACAUACAGAACACACAGUGUCUCCUGAACGUGGAGUACAGUGGAGUCUGCCCGCACGUCACGCUGCAGUUUUUAGACUCUAAAGAUGACGUGGGUCUGGGUCUGGUGAAAGAAGGACUGGUCAUGGUGGACGUGCGGAAAGAAAAAUAUCUCCAGAAAAUGGUGACCGAGUAUCUGAAUGGCCAGGAAUCUGCCAAGAGUGCCAGACUCAACAUUUGGCGUUACGGUGACUUCCGUGGUGAUGACGCAGAUGAAUUUGGGUUCAGACGUUAGGUCGCCAUUCCAAAGACCUUGUGGAGGACAAGAUGCAGAGAUUUGCAGAAAACACAAAAGUCUUGAAACAUUUGCAACAUACAGUACAUCAGUAUGAUCUUAUUUUUGUCUAACUUGCCUCUCUCCAUUGUUUUUUGUUUUUGUUUGUUUUUUAAAUACUCAUGCAUAACCUCUCUUCCGCCCAAGGACUUUGUUACUUUUCAUUUUCAAUUUUUUUAAAGAAAGCAAGCAGGCUACAGAUAAACCCGCCUGUAGCUGCUUCAGAUAGGACCAACUAUUUCAUUUAAUCUUAAAUUUUCACAUCAUAGCCAAUCAUUUUUUUCAACGUACAUUUUUAGCUAAUCACCAGCUGUCGAACCCACCAUAGCAGAUCUGUUCUGCCCGAUCAGAUUGAUACGUUUUGGGGUUUGACUUUUAAAGAUAUGAGGGCGAUGCAUAAAGCAACCAUGAACUCAACAGCUUAUUGAGAAACGCGUCCUUGGUCAAGAGAUAUGAUUAUGUAUUUAAAUAUAUAUACAUGGCUUAAGCUAGAUGACAAACUAAUCAAGUGAACUUGCUGGGAGUAUUUUUGUCUCUGAUGUGAUCCUAGUGCCCAGUGGCAUUUUUGACAUUUGUACAGGAUGUGCGUUUUCUCUGUUUCUAUGGCAAACGAAAAGCUUGCAGACACCUUUACAAGCCUCUCUCGACCUCCUCUGUGAGGUUUACUUAACGGUCAUCAUUUCUUUUUCAUGCUCUUGCCUGUUAUUACAGAAACAGUGUUUCAAUGUGUUUCCUUCUGAGGUAGAGCCUGUCAUUGUAUUUAAAUCUGAUAAAUAAAAAUGAGCAAAGUGU